AUGCGAAUGUUAGCAUAUGGUGUGGCAGCAGAUGCGGUCGAUGAGUACAUCAAAAUAGGAGGUACUACAGCAUUGAAGUGCUUACGUAGAUUCUGUAAAGGAAUCAUACGCUUGUACGAGCAAGUGUAUCUGAGAGCACCAACCCAAGAUGACCUGCAAAGAAUACUGCAUGUUAGUGAAAUGCGGGGGUUCCCAGGGAUGAUUGGGAGUAUUGACUACAUGCACUGGGAGUGGAAAAAUUGUCCUAAAGCAUGGGAAGGACAAUUUACUAGAGGGGAUAAGGGAACCACCACAGUUAUUCUUAAAGCAGUUGCAUCUCAUGACCUAUGGAUCUGGCAUGCCUUUUUUGGAUGUCCGGGAACGUUGAACGAUAUAAACGUUCUAGACCGGUCACCAGUGUUUGAUGACGUGGAACAGGGUAAUGCUCCAAGUGUGAAUUUCUUUGUGAAUCAACGUCCAUAUAAUAUGGCAUACUAUCUAGCUGAUGGUAUCUAUCCUUCUUAUCCAACUUUCGUCAAAUCGAUUAGACUUCCUCAAAGUGAACCCGAUAAAUUAUUUGCAAAAUUUCAGGAGGGAUGUUGGAAGGACAUCGAACGUGCAUUUGGAGUGCUCCAAGCUCGAUUUAAAAUCAUCCGUGAACCAGCUCGCUUGUGGGACAUAGCUGAUUUGGGUAUCAUCAUGAGGACAUGCAUCAUAUUACAUAAUAUGAUUGUUGAGGAUGAACGAGAUUCAUAUUCUCAACGUUGGACCGAUUUUGAGCAAUCCGGGGAAAGUGGAUCUAGUGCACCACAACCAUACUCGACCGAGGUGUUACCCGCUUUUGCAAAUCAUGUGCGUGCUAGAUCAGAGUUCCGUGAUCCAAAUGUUCAUCAAGAAUUGCAAGCCGAUCUAGUGAAGCACAUAUGGACAAAGUUUGGAAUGUUCCGUGAUUGA